AUGCCACCGGUAAAUAGUUGGAGGGUCACAGCCUGCCGUAAGCCUGCCUACAGCCUGCUUGAAAUGCGUUGGUCAGACUACGUGCAGCCAAUAAAGAUUGAUAUCACCAUCCAGUCAUGUAAUAUUCAGCGGCUAUUGAGGCAACACCUUCUCUUGGAGGUUAUGUGGUGUACGCAGGCCCAGUCCUUUCGUUCUGAUCAUUACUCACAGUCUAUUCACAAGACUCUCAUGGUUAUCAACUUCAAACCAUGGAAAGUGGCCAAAGAGAUUCAUUCCUCCUUUCCAGGGAUCGCUACCCUCAAAAAGAGGCAGUAUCAUUCAUCGAGAAUCAAAUCUGUCCACCGGGACAGCUAUUGCCAGUGUAUAGCGAGCAAAACGCUUGCCACUCUCUGUUUCAAUACAUGCCUGUGUAUCUUCGUUACAUGUAAGACUGGCGUAACUAACAAGUUCUUCAUCAACAAAAGCACAGCAAUGUGGGAGCAGGCGAAUGAGCAAAAGGAACGCCUUUUUGCCUUAAUGACACAAGUGGAACAAAAACUUGCGAAAAAGAAACGUGCAGCCCACAUCCCACUCGACGCGGCAUCGGAUUUGCGACAUAGCAGUUGGUCUCAAGUUUUGACUGAGGUUGAGAGGACUGCAGAGCAUUGGAAAUGUAGCCCAAAUCAGGAGAGUAGGAGAAUGGUCUUCAUUGAUAGAAUUGGGCGGCAUUCAGAGUCUCUGGAAGCUUGUGCUUACGGCUAG